AUGUUCGCCCAACCGUACAACCACUCUUUCGAUGACUUAUUCAACCAAUACGUCAACGCGGAGAGCUCUGGAGCCGAUGGCAACAAAGACUCGUCGUACUCCGGCGAUCUUGAGCAGCUCUUCUCGCUGGACUCGUUAUCGAGUGACGGUGGCGAUCACUCCCCCACCGGCUCCACUAUCAGGUGUGAAUCGCCGCAACCUUGGACUAAAGAGUGGUCCCUGCAGGACGACGGCCCGUCAGUCGAUCAGUUCGCUUUUCAAGACACCGUUCACCCCUCUGCCAUCUCAGACCUCGGUUUGAACAACUUCGAAGUUUCUUCCCGCCCUGCAGGAACAACCGGAGUUACUACUUCUCCCUCUACUCCUCCCGCUACUCCCCGGCGCAAGGCUAUCUCCAAAAGUGCACUCGUCACUCCCAAAUCCAUUCGCCAUCGCGAUCCCAAUGAGCGCCGUGCGCUCAUGCGCAAGCAAAGUUUCUCUCCCAGUUUGAUGCGCUCCUCUAUCCAGAAAGGAAGAAUGACAUACCCCGAGGCUUGGGCCCAAAGGGUUCAGAGCUUCAACCUCGGUGGCUCAGAUCGUCUUCCUUUGUCUCCCCCACCUUCCGACGUUAUCGUUCAGCAUGAGAACAUGGCUGCCGACACAAUGAACCACACUAGAGAACCUGCAGAAGUGUCCCAGUAUGAUGCGCAGCUCUUCCACCAAUCCCCCGCUAUCUCUAUGCCCUCUCCUUCUGCCGGUGCGCUUGCACGCCACCAGCAACAGUACAUGAGCCACCCUGUCUCCUCGGCUUUGACCAACUCCAGCCCUCCCUCCGCAGAUGACAUCUUCUCUUCCUCCCACUCCUCAGAUCCUCAGUCCAUCUCCUCAUGGCAAUCUGAUGCCUUCAACCCCUCCCUCUCCUUCACUCCCGAUCUCCAGGGCCCCGAAAGUCAAUGGUGGUCCGCCAUGCCUAGUAAGGUUGCUCAGCAACAACAAUCCGCUUAUCAUACGGCACCUCAACAGCGCAUGCAAAGCGUCGGCAGCCAGAAUGAUAUGAUGCACGGCGGACUUAUGAUCCAGAUGGAUCCAUCAUUCGACAUGUCCACCGAAUCCUCCUUCUCAUCAUCAAGCAUGAUGCACUCAAAUGGACAAAAGUUUAUGACUCCUUACACCGCUCCUCGAGUCCAAAAUAUCUCCCGCUCCCCAUCUCUCUCCCCCAAAGCCAGCUCACCAAAGAGCACCAAGGGCCACCGCCGUACCCACAGCCGAAAGAUCUCGGGUCAGAGCAUGAGCGCCCCCAAGUCAGCCAAGUCAUCCACCAGCCCUCGUGGAUCCAAUAAGUCCGUGAGCGUCUCCUUUGUGAACUUCACUGCCCACGACAGCCAGAAGAUCCUUGGCGGUGUCGCACCCUCUGGCAGCUCCAAGACAAAAGCCCGUCGGGAGCAAGAAGCUAGGGACCGACGCCGCAAGCUGAGUGAGGCAGCUCUCAAGGCUGUGCGCAAGGCUGGUGGUGAUGUCGACGCUCUCGAAGCCAUCUUCUGCUAA